CUUACAUGUUCAUCAUUUGAAACUCACCUUAGCUUUGACGAUCAUGUUGAUCAGAUUACCGGUUCGAUUUCCGCUCGUUGCUUUGUACGUAAUUUGCAUAUCGACUUGUCUGGUUCGUUCUCAAAAUCAAACGGCACCUACUACCGAUCCCGACGAAGCAAGAACUCUGAAUUCAAUAUUCUCAAAAUGGGGAAUAACGGCCGAACCGGGGUGGAAUAUCAGCGGAGAGAUUUGCAGUGGCGUGGCAUUAUCAACCGACGCCACCAAAAUCGACGAUCCUGAGAUCAGCCCUCUGAUCAAGUGUGAUUGCUCUUUUAAUAACAACACUCUCUGUCGCAUUAGAGAACUGAAGGUUUCCAGACUAUCCGUCGAGGGACCAAUUCCUGAGGAGCUAUGGACUCUGACUCGCCUCACCAAUCUGAAUUUAGGCCAAAAUGUCUUGACAGGUCCCUUGUCUAGAUCUAUUGGAAAUCUGACACGAAUGCAAUGGCUGACCUUUGGCAUCAAUUCAUUAUCAGGAGAGAUUCCCAAAGAAGUUGGAUUGCUUACUGAUUUAAGAUCAUUUGCUAUUGGGGCAAAUAACUUCUCUGGUUCUCUCCCUCCUGAUCUUGGAAAUUGCCGGAGACUAGAACAACUGUAAGUUUUAGUAUUUGGUUUUGCCCAUUUCACAAGCAAGAUUUCUUUAACACUUUGAAUUGCAUUUACUCGUUAUAAGAAGCAGAUCUUGAGUACUUUAUUUUUUUGCGAUAAAAGGGUAAGAAAUAUAUUGAGUGUAGGCACCAAAGGGGUGCCGUCCAUGUACAAAAAAUUUACAAAUCUAAGAGCAUAUUUACAAUAAAAUCAAAAUCAUCAAGGUUACAAAAGUGACGUCCGAGUAUGGUGGACCCAAAAAAGUGAAACCAUUUAUCCUUGAUAUUUCCAAAACUAUCCUAUUUACCUUCAAAAGCACGGUUGUUCUUUCUUUCCAUAGGAUCCAAAAUAUUGUAAGGGGAAUAAGUCGAUAAUUCUUUUUUCGUUUGCAUAGAAAUUCCCAAGCUUUUAAUUCACCUUGUAUAGUGCCUGCAGUACUCCAGCUGGUGCCUAGUAACCCAGGUAUCAUUGACCAUAGUUUAUGAGUGAAAGGACGAGGUAGUAAGAGAUGGUUACAAGACUCAGCAUCUUCUUUCCAAAGAAAGCAUCUACUAGCCAGAAUAAUACCUCUUUUUAUGAGAUUAUCCAAGGUAAGAAUCCUUUCUUUGGUUGCUUCCCAUGUGAAAAAAGAAACCCAAGGAGGGGCAGCACUGUUCCUGAUCAUUUUUGUUGGGAAAUUUGGUCUACUUGUUCUGUUGUAUGGGGCCAGAUAAUGGUAGAAAGUCUUGACCGAGAAUUUACCAUUAUUACCAAUUGUCCAAGAUCUUGAGUACUUUAUAACUAUAAACAAUCAGUUUUUUUAGCACAAGAUAUCAAGAUCAUGAAAACUAGGGUCAGAUUUACCAAAAUCGAAGAUUGUAAGAACUCAUGACUAUUUUAAGAUGAUCAUACGUUUAGGUUCCUUGUGGUCCACGAAAAUGUUUUUUAAGUUUUACUUCGUAUAAACAUAUAUGUUGAUACAUAAAAAAAUGUGAUGGUUGAAAAAAAAUUAGAAAAAAUAAAAAUAAAACUACAGCAUGAUUUUCUAUUUAACACGAAAUGGGGGAUAGUAAUAGAAGUGAGUCAUUAACUCUCAAUCAUCUAAGUUAGAUGGUCUUGGUAAGUACAACAUGAAUUUGAAUAUAAUAAAAUAGCUGCUUUUAUUAACUUUUAGAAAAUUAUUUUUAUCUAUACUUAAGUUAGUACCACACAUAAUAAUAAUA